CUCUGUGGAGUUUGCAUGUUCUCCCUGCAUUUGCGUGGGUUUCCGCCAUAUACUCCAGUUUCCCACAAAGUCCAAACCAAUGACUGCAACGCCUGGGUGAUUCUUGCUACUCAGAACACCCUAGCAACCAACUAGCAAUACCUUAGCAACCACUCAGAACACCUUCGCAACCCCUUAGUAACCCCUCAGAACACCAUAGCAAUGGCCUAGCAAUACUUCAGUAACCACUCAGAACACACUAGCAACAACCUAGCAACACCUUAACAACCGCCAAACAACCACUCAGAACACCCUAGCAAUGGCUUAGCAACUACUCAGAACACCACAUUUAAACACCCAAGCACACCUUAGCAACCCACUUAUCAGCCUACUUGUAUCAACUCUUUUAAACUUCUUUGGUUUAAACCGAUAAACUAGGCUACUUCAAACUUUCAGAUUAACUUUCUCAAGCCGCCAUGAAGUUGGUCUACGAACUUUACUUUUCUAGUGUCAAGUUGUUGUACAUUAACUAGCUAUAUAUUCAAUAAAAUAAAAACAUGUAGAUGUUUGUUCACUCACUGAAUCGACUCUUCUGAAUCGAUUCUGAAUCUCGGAGCAUGCACGCAUGAAGAGAGAGAGAGAGAGAGAGAGACAUCUGUGUGAGUGUGAGUGUGUGCGUCUGUGUGUGUGUGUUUGACGGGAUGCAGCAGCAGAGCAUCGGAUCCUUUGAGCUUCUCACCUUCAUCCAGCAGCCGCACACCGGCCUCCGGAUCCUGUGCUGGUUGUUUUCUCUGGUGAUUUUGGGAUGUAUCGCUAACGAAGGCCAAAUCAACAGGCCUGACGAGGUCCAGAAGUUUUGCAUCUUCAACCGCAACCAGAACGCCUGUAAUUAUGCGCUGGGCAUGGCCUCGCUGGCCUUCAUCUGGUGCCUGCUGUUUCUGGCUAUAGACGUGCAUUUCCCACAGAUCAGCAGCAUCAAGCACCGCAAGAAAGUCGUGCUGGCUGAUGUGGGGACGUCAGCGUUCUGGUCAUUCGUCUGGUUCGUGGGCUUCUGUUUUUUGGCCAAUCAGUGGCAGGUGUCGAGGGUGGAGGAUGACCCGCUGCGUUCAGGUGGAGACGCUGCUCGUGCCGCCAUCACCUUCUGCUUCUUUUCCAUCUUCAGCUGGGCCGUCCUGACGCAUGUCUCUCUGCUGAGGCUGAGGAGCGUGUGUUUCCAAGAGGAGUAUGAGCAGCUCUGCACGCAGCAGCACACACACACACACACUCCCUCGCAUUGUGUGUGAGCAUGAAGAAGCUCAUUAAAGACACAUUGAUCAGAUCUGAGAAGCUGAACUAACAUUUACCAGCAGGUGUGUGUGUGUGUGUGUGUGUGUGUGUGUGUGUGUGUGUGUGUGUGUGUAUGUGUGUGUGUGUGUGUGUGUGUGUGUGUCACACAACAUUCAGCUCAAUUUAUUAGCAUAUUUUAGCAUAUUUCCAAAUCAAACUGAAUGUUGACGGGAGGAGAGAUGUCCUCAUGUGUCGCUUCUGUUCCAAUGAAAGUCAAGGAUUGACACCUGUAACAUUACUUAUGUUUUAAUUAUCAGUCUAAUUAUAGAAGAUUAAAUGUAUUCAAGAAUGUUUAUGUUAAUAAUAGAGCAAACAUAUCACUUUGUUUCCAGCUCAUGAUUAAUAAAACAAUGAAGGCCAAUAAGAAAAGAUCUUUAAAGGAGAUCUGUGUGCUUCAGUGUGAGUGUGUGUUCAUGCUUCUGUCGCUGCUGUUGC